AUGAGCAGAUUAACGAGCGGCUCAUCCGCAAAGGCCAUCACCAACCAAUCCGUCUCGGCCGUGCUUCCUGACAGUGUCCUGUGCUCCCUGUCGCCCGGCAACUUCGAUUCCUUGUCGACGCUCCCAAGUUUUCUGCCCUGUCGCUUCUGUGGCCUGGCUCGAUCUGCUCUAAUUCUGUCCAUCAUCAGGUUCUUCCCAGAUGACCGCCUGAAUCAGCUCAUUUCUUUUGUUUUGCAGACAGUGAGCCUCUCGGACUGCCCUCGUGCUGCUCGCGCCCUCUUCUCUGCCCUUCUCGUCACGCGCGCCGCAAUCUACGGACCGAUUUGUGACGACAUCCCCCAUACACAUGCUCCCAAGCAUACAGAACGGCAACUACGACGUUAUUUGUGCCAAAGAACGAGUUAUUUUCAGCAAAAGACCCCGAGCCAACCAUCCACCGUGUCCGACCUCAGGCUUUCCAAUAACUUGACGGGGCCGUUGCUGUCCACCGGACACUACCCAGAAGAAGCCACCGCGGCUGUGACAGAUUGCUACGCCCUUGCCAUUGGCCGACGCUUUGCCAACGACGGAGAGAUCUCGAGUAGCAGCGCCUCAAAGGCCGUUGCCGCCGCUGCCGAGGACGACGAGAGUGUGGAGAUAGAAGAGAUAGAGGAACGAGGAAAAGCGAGUCUUUGCGCUAGGAUCGACAGCCAACAGCUCAGUCCUCCUCCACAAUAUCCAUCACCGGGGAGCUCCCGUGGCAAAGCCGAAGAUACCGAGAAUCAGGCGCUGCCUCCAUCGACACAACCGCCUCCGUUCAGCUCGAUCAUUGGAGCCCUUUCCAGCCCGACUUCGCCAGCAGCUGCACCAGCCUACGCCAGUAGUGCUUACCAGCAAGCAUCUUCAUCUUCGUUCACUCUUCAGGAGGAAACUAAGCGAGCCCUACCUGCCGACACUAAGCGGCCAGGAGAAUCAUCGGGUUGCAGCAAGGACGACGACUCAGAACCACCACCAGCAUACGAGGAGGGCUUCAGUCCGCUCCUUUCGUUUACGUAUCUGAUGGCGGCCGCCGGAGGAGCUAGUAGCAUUCUCACGCAGGUGCAACAGGGGGGACCCCCGGUCAGCAACCUCGGUGGUAAGAACGGCGCUCGAUGGAACGGGUCCGAAGGCGUGGGAACACGCUUUGUCCUAUCAAGGGACGAGCUGCUUACGCUCCCCGAGUUUGUGUUGCUGUCUCUUUUUCCGAACGGCCUCUUUCCCGAGGGCCAUAUGGGCGGCUUUGGAGAGAGUGAUGCCAUACACGUCGAUUACGAUCCAGCAUCUCUCCAGUACAUGCUCGACUUCUUCCGCGGUGUAGCGCAGUCCAUACCGUCGGAUGCGCCCAGCGCGUCUCCGGAGGGCGAUGUGGGCGCGAUUGACCCGCUGGCCAACCGAGAGGAUGCGUCGAGGCGGGCUGGGAUCAUCGUGCUACGCGAGGACCUGGACUUUUACGCGAUUCCGCCGCGGGCGAACAUGCAGCAGGCGGAGAUGAUUGAGGUCAAGCGGGCGGCUGCGCAGGCUCUGCUGAAGCAGAACGGGAUAUUCUCAGGCCUGAAGCGCAGCGACGAGCCGGGCACGACCGAAGCACAUCUGAUCGAGAUGCUCACGGCAGGUGGAUUUGACCACGACGAUGCCUGGGGCCAUCGUGCUGGCGAGCCGAACAAGGCAGUGAUCUGCAGCCUGGCGCUGGCACGACUGCGGUCGGACAUUCGCGGCAACGAGAUGAGCAGCAACGCGGUGGGCAUGGCGCAGAAGCUGCUGCUGUUCUGGCGGAAGCCGGCGCGUCGCUGCUGGUGGGAGGGUGUCGAUCUGGAGGGUGUGGAGGGCGUGGAGGGCACGCUGAAGGUGUGGAUCAGGCGGGUGUGGACGCUGGAGAUGAGCGUGAUAGGGCUGCGUUGA